CAUCAUCAUCACCGGCUCGGCGUCGAGGGAAACUUCAACGCUGUAACGGUCAUCUAUAUAAAUGGGAGGAGAGGCUCACCCCCACAGAGAGAUGCUUAACCAGGGUCUUCUGCUCCUGUUCUCAUGUUUAUUGGUUCAGGGAGUAGAUCAGAGAAGAAGAGGAACUACUCUGAGGACAGAAUGUCCAACCAAUUAGAUUAUGACUACAGCAACUACAACGACAGUGACUUUGACUACAACCUGUUUGGACCUUGUUCCAACCAGAAGAACCACAGCGUGGAGCUGGUGGUCGGUCCGUACGUCCACUCCAUCAUCUGCAUCCUGGGCUUCCUGGGCAACAGCCUGGUGAUCGUGACCUACGCCUUCUACAAGAGGACCAAGUCCAUGACGGACGUCUACCUGCUGAACGUGGCAGUGGCCGACGUUCUGUUCGUGGCGUCGCUGCCUCUCAUCGUCUACAACGAGCUGUGGGCGUGGCCGAUGGGGCCGGUGGCCUGCAAGCUGCUGCGCGGCUCCUACAGCGUGAACCUGUACAGCGGCAUGCUGCUGCUCGCAUGCAUCAGCACCGACCGCUACAUCGCCAUCGUCCAGGCCCGCCGCAGCUUCCGGCUGCGCUCGCUGCCGUACAGCCGUGUCAUCUGCGCCGCCGUCUGGUCCGCGGCGCUACUGCUGUCCGUCCCCACCUUCUACUUCUACAACUGGUACGAGCCGUCCCACACCAGGGACACCUUCAUGUACGAGGAGGAGGCGAACCGGACCUCCGAGCCUCCGCGCUACGUCUGCGAGUUCCAGUUCACGGACAACGCCACGGCCUGGCGGACCAAACUGGCGGUCCCCAGCACCCAGCUGGCCGUGGGCUUCUUCCUGCCGCUGCUCGUCAUGGUGCUGUGCUACAGCGCUAUCAUCGCCACCCUGCUGAGAGCCAGGAACUUCCAGCGGCACAAGGCGGUGCGGGUGGUGCUGGCCGUGGUGGCGGUGUUCGUGGUGUGCCACCUGCCCUACAACGUCACGCUGCUCUACGACACCGCCGGCAUGUUCCAGCUGCGGUCCUGCGAAGAGUCGGACGUCCUGCAGGCGGCCAAGACGGUGACGCAGACCAUCGCCUACCUGCACUGCUGCCUGAACCCGGUGCUGUACGCCUUCGUCGGGGUGAAGUUCAGAAACCACUUCAGGAGGAUUGUCCUGGACCUGUGGUGUCUGGGGAAGAGGUACAUCGCCCCGCGGCGCUUCUCCAGAGUCACCUCCGAGAUCUACGUGUCCACCCGGCGCUCGGUGGACGGAUCCAGUGAAAACGGCUCGUCUUUCACCAUGUGAGACCCAAAGACCCGGGUCUGAGGCCUGCUGGUCUCAGGAGGUCCUGACUCAGUUCUGUAACUCAAGCUGAUUUUCUUUUCUUUUCUUUAAUCGUUUUCAUUUUGACGUCCGACAGUUUGUUCUCUCGUUAGAACGAAAGCACCCGAGAGGAAGCGUCGCUCUGCGAGACCAGAACCAGAAGAUCCAGCGGUUUG